CCUGCCUGCCCUUGCAAGCCGCCUCUGAGGGACCCCGUUUCCGAGGAACUUUUCGCGGGCGCCUGGCCGCCACCGAAGCCAGGGCGGGCCGCGAACGCGCGGAGCGGCGGCGGCAGCGGGCUGGGGCUGGCGGACGCAGAGCUCGUUGCGAAAGUCCGUGGCCCCCGAGCCAGACCGGAGGUGGCGACGGCGCCAUGGACGAGCCGCCCUUUACGGAGGCGGCCUUGGAGCAAGCGCUGGCCGAGCCGUGUGAGCUGGACGCGGCGCUGCUGACUGACAUCGAAGACAUGCUUCAGCUCAUCAACAACCAAGACAGCGACUUCGCCGGCCUGUUUGACCCGCCAUAUGCUGGGGGCAGAGCAAGGGGCACGGACCCCGCCAGUCCUGAAACCAGCUCCCUGGGCGGCUUGUCUCCACCACAUGCCACUAUGAGCUCCCCACUUGAAGGCCUUCUGGGGGGACCCAAGGCAAUACCUCCACUGUUGUCCCCUCCCCAGCCUGCACCCACGUUGAAGACUUGCCCCUCUGCACCUGCCUUUUCCCCUGGGCCUGGUAUCAAGGAGGAGCCAGUGCCUCUGACCACCCUGCAACCCUCCGCCCCGCAGCCCCUGCCGGGGGCCCUCCUGCCGCCGAACUUUCCAGUUCAGUGCCGCUCUGCCCCUGUGUUGGGCUACCUGGGCCCUCCCGGAGGCUUUCCCACAGGAACCCCUCCAGGGAGCACUCCACCACCGCCGCCUGGCCUGCCCACGGCCGCACCCACCUCCCUGCACACCCAGGUUCAAAGUCCAGGCCCCCAGCAACUGCUGACAGCCACCACCACCACCGCAGUGGCCCCUGGAACAAACAGUGUGACCUCGCAGAUCCAGCAGGUCCCGGUGCUGCUGCAGCCCCACUUCAUCAAGGCGGACUCACUGCUCCUGGCAGCCAUGAAGACAGACACGGGAGCCCCAGUGCAGGCGGCAGGUGGCGGCUCUCUGGCCCCUGGCCCAGCCGUGCACACUGGGCCCUUGCAGACCCUGGUGAGCUGUGGGACCAUCCUGGCGACCAUGCCGCUGGUAGUGGACACUGACAAGCUGCCCAUCCAUCGCCUGGCGGCCAGUGGGAAGGCCCCGGGUUUGGCCCAGAGCCGUGGCGAGAAGCGCACAGCCCACAAUGCCAUUGAGAAGCGCUACCGCUCCUCUAUCAACGACAAGAUCAUCGAGCUCAAGGACCUGGUGGUGGGCACUGAGGCGAAGCUGAAUAAAUCUGCUGUCUUGCGCAAGGCCAUCGACUACAUUCGCUUUCUACAACAGAGCAACCAGAGACUCAAGCAGGAGAACCUGAGUCUGCGUACUGCUGCCCACAAAAGCAAAUCUGUGAAGGACCUGGUGUCCACUUGUGGCAGCGGUGGACACUCUGACCUGCCCAUGGAGGGCAUAAAGUCUGAGGUGGUAGACACGCUUAGCCCGCCGCCUUCAGACGCAGGCUCGCCCUCCCAGAGCAGCCCCUUGUCCCUUGGCAGCAGAAGCGGUGGCAGCGGUGGCAGCGGCAGUGACUCAGAGACCGACAGCCCAGCCUUCGAGGACAGCCAGCAGGGGAAGCCAGAGCUGCUGCCGCCCCCCCGCAGCCGGGGCAUGCUGGACCGCUCCCGCCUGGCCCUGUGCGCUCUCGUCUUCCUCUGUCUCUCUUGCAACCCCUUGGCCUCCCUGCUGGGCAGCUGGGGUCUCCCUGGCCCCUUGGACGCCACCAGCAUCCACCAGGGUUCUGGGCGCAACGUGCUGGGGGCCGAAGAGAGAGGCGGGACAGAUGGCCCUGGCUGGGCACCAAGACUCGCGUCCCCGCUGGUCUGGCUGACCAACGGGCUGCUGGUGUUGGCCUCCUUGGCGCUUCUCUUUGUCUACGGAGAGCCCGUCACGCGGCCCCACUCGGGCCCUGCCAUGCACUUCUGGAGGCACCGCCGGCAGGCGGACCUGGACCUGGCCAGGGGGGACUUCGUCGAGGCCGCCCAGCAGCUGGGGCUGGCCCUGCAAGCGCUGGGCCGGCCCCCGCCCGCCUCCUGCCUGGACCUGGCCUGCAGCCUGCUCUGGAACCUUCUCCGCCACCUGCUGCAGCGCCUCUGGGUCGGCCGCUGGCUGGCGGGCCGGGCCGGGGGCCUGCCGGGGGACGGCGCCUUGCAGGCCGAUGCCCGUGCCAGUGCCCGCGAGGCGGCCCUCGUGUACCACAAGCUGCAGCAGCUCCACGCCACCGGGAAGUACCCAGGGGGACAUCUCGCUGCCGCCACCCUGGCGCUGAGCGCACUGAACCUGGCCGAGUGUGCAGGGGACACCCUGCCUGCGGCCACGCUGGCCGAGGUCUACGUGGCUGCUGCGCUGACGGUCAAGACCAGCCUCCCGCGGGCGUUGCACUUCCUGACCCACUUCUUCCUGAGGAGCGCCCGCCAGGCCUGCCUGGCACACGGUGGCUCAGUGCCGCCUGCCAUGCAGUGGCUGUGCCACCCUGUGGGCCACCGUUUCUUCGUGGAUGGGGACUGGGUUGCAAGCAGCACCCCCCGGGAGAGCCUGUACAGCUCGGCCAGCAACCCAGUGGACCCCUUGGCCCAGGUGACUCGGCUGUUCCGAGAACAUCUUCUGGAGCGAGCACUGACCUGUGUAACCCAGCCCGGCCCCGCACCAGCUGACGGGGACAGGGAAUUCUCGGACGCCCUCGGGUACCUCCAGCUGCUGAACAGCUGUUCAGAUGCGGCCGGGGUUCCAGCCUGCAGCGUCUCCGUCAGCUCCAGCAUGGCCGCCGCCACCGGUGAGCCCCAGGCCCCCUGCCCUGUGGCUGCCCGCUCCGCCCCUGCUCCACAGCGGCUCGGCCGCCGGGGCGGUGUGGCCGAGCUUCAGGGAGCGCUCCUGUCCGCACCCCUGCCCCCUGCAGGCACAGACCCAGUGGCCAGGUGGUGGGCCUCCCUGAUAGCUGUGGUGACCCACUGGCUGCGGCGGGACCAGGAGGCAGCAGAACGGCUGUACCCGCUGGUGGAGCACCUGCCCCGGGCCCUGCAGGCAUCCGAGAGACCCUUGCCCAGGGCAGCUCUGCACUCCUUCAAGGCUGCCCGGGCGCUGCUGGGCCGUGGGAAGGCAGAGUCGGGCCCGGCCUGCUUGGCCAUCUGUGAGAAGGCCAGUGGCUACCUGCAGGACAGCCUGGCUGCCACACCAGUGGGCAUCUCCAUUGACAAGGCCAUGCAGCUGCUCCUGUGUGACCUGCUCCUUGCGGCGCGCACGAGUCUGUGGCUACGGCAGCAGUCCUCUGCACCAGCCCAGGCCUCGCAGGGCCCCGGCAGUGGAGCCCUGGCCUCGGCCCUCGAGCUGCGUGGCUUCCAGCGGGAUCUGCGUGGCCUGAGGCGUCUGGCACAGAGCUGCCAGCCUGCCAUGCGGAGGGUGUUCCUCCAUGAGGCCACCGCCCGGCUGAUGGCGGGGGCCAGCCCCACGAGGACACAGCAGCUCUUGGACCGCAGUCUGAGGAAGAGGGCAGGUUCCAGUGGCAAAGGCGAGGCGGAGCCAGAGCCGCGCCCCACGCGGCGGGAGCACGCCGAGGCCCUGCUGCUGGCCGCCUGCUACCUGCCGCCCUGCUUCCUGUCGGCGCCCGGGCAGCGCGUGGGCAUGCUGGCCAAGGCGGAGCGCAUGCUCGAGAAGCUCGGUGACCGCCGCCUGCUGCACGACUGCCAGCAGAUGCUCCUGCGCCUGGGCGGCGGGACCACCGUCGCCUCCAGUUAGACCCCCGCCGGCAGUCCGGCUCCGGUGCCCCUGUUACAGGCCGCCUUGGCGCCUUCUGGCUGUGUCAUGGGCUGGAGCCUCCAAAGCCGAAGACAGUGCCAGAGACCCCAGUGUCCACGAUUCACCUACGGACUGCACUGCAUGAGGGGGGCGGGGCGGGGAAUGGGACUUCCUCCGGCUUUUGCCCCUUGCUCUGGGAGGCCAGAGGGGAGCGACCCCACCACCCCUGCCCGCUCCCCAACCUGAUGAGCAGCGGCCGGGAUGGUGCUGACCUCUAGUGGCCGACCGAGGGAUCGCAGGGGCUGGGCCGGUCUGUCACCUCUUUGCGGGCACCCAGUGGGUGGCUUUUCCGUCUGCUGAGAGGGAUGAUAUGGGGUACGUGUCCCUGAGCUAUGGAGGGGCCAACCUGGCUUUUCUGGCCAGCACGGGGACCCUGCCCCAAGGCACCUCUGCCUUCCGGAGAGAUGUGUACAUAGUGUAGAUGAUGGUGCGCAGCCUCCUGGCCUCUGAGGCCCAAGUGUUACUUUGCCUUUUGCAAACUUUAUUUUCAUAGGUUGAGAAGUUUU